AGCAAAGCGACAUGGAGGUUCGAGCUGCGCCGAGAUUUUGAGGGAAACUUUGUAGCAGCGCGAAAGCAAAGAAAGAAAGAACCAGCUUUAACCAUUUCCCUCGGGUUCUGUCAGGACUUUAGAAAUUUUCUCGAUUAUAAUGACAAUGCUGGGUAUGUACGUGCCAGACAGGUUCGCUCUGAAGUCCUCCAAAGUCCAGGACGGAGUCGGGCUGUACACUGCGAGACGAGUCAAGAAGGGAGAGAAGUUCGGCCCGUUCGCUGGCGAGAAGAAGAUGCCCGGAGAUCUAGACGAGAGCAUGGACCCGAGGCUGAUGUGGGAGGUUCGAGGGAACAGAGGUGACGUGCUGUACAUACUGGAUGCCAGCAACCCUCGACACGCUAACUGGCUGCGCUUCGUGCACCAGGCGCCGUCUCAGGAGCAGAAGAACCUGGCCGCCAUCCAGGACGGGGAGAACAUCUUUUACCUGGCCGUCGAUGACAUAGAGACAGAUACGGAGCUCCUCAUCGGCUACCUGGACAGCGACAUGGAGGAGGAAGAGGAAGACGAGAUCGUCAAAGACGAAGAGGAGGACAGCAAAGAGGCCAAAAAUGUUGCCACUCAACCGGAGUCGUCGAUAAAGCAGGAAGAUCACCCAUGUCUGCUGUGUGAGAGCAGUUUCCCCAGUGAGGAGGUUCUGGCUGAACACCUGCAGAGUUUACACCAGAGAGCCAGCGCAGAGGACAAAGAGUUCAAGUGCCGCAACUGUGGCAAAGAAUUCCCCGUCAAACAGGCACUGCAGCGCCACGUUCUCCACUGCACUGAGGGUUCUACUUCAGCCGGAGAUGCUUCCCGAGUUCACCAGUGCGCUCUCUGUCACUGCUCCUUCAGCUCUGAGUCCAGCUUUGAACAGCACAAGGAAGCCUGUAAAGGAGAAGCCAGGUUUAUCUGUAAAGCUGAAAGCUGUGGAAAGAGAUUCAAGAGCAAAGAUGCACUGAAGAAGCACAAAAGCAACGUUCACACAGGCAGCACUCGAAGGAAGCUCAUAUGCACCAUCUGCAAUAGAAAAUGCUCAUCUUCAGUCAACCUGCAGGAGCACCGCAAGAUCCAUGAGAUAUUCGACUGUCCUGCAUGCGACAAGAAGUUCAUCUCAACCAAUCAGCUGAAGCGCCAUAUGAUCACGCAUUCGGAGAAGCGACCCUACACUUGUGAGAUCUGCAACCGCAGCUUCAAGCGCUUGGACCAGGUGACGGCUCAUAAAAUCAUCCACAGCGAGGACAAACCGUACAAGUGCAAGCUGUGCUGGAAAGAGUUCGCUCACCGCAAUGUCUACAAGAACCACAAGAAGACACACUCGGAGGAGAGGCCUUUCCAGUGUGAGGAGUGUAAGGCUCUGUUCCGGACCCCGUUCUCCCUCCAGCGUCAUCUCCUCAUCCACAACAGUGAGAGGACGUUCAAGUGCGACCAGUGCGACGCCACGUUUAAGCGCAAGGACACUCUGAACGUACACAUACAGGUGGUGCAUGACGGACACAAGAAGUACAAGUGUGACCUGUGCGAGAAAGCCUUCGUCACGCCGUCCGUGCUCAAGAGCCACAAGAAGACUCACACCGGAGAGAAGGAGAAGAUCUGUCCGUACUGCGGUCAGAAGUUCGCCAGCAACGGGACCCUGAGGGUGCACAUUCGCAGCCAUACAGGUGAACGCCCUUACCAGUGCCCUUACUGUGACAAGGCUUUCAGCAAGAAUGACGGGUUGAAGAUGCACAUACGCACACACACUCGGGAGAAGCCAUAUAAAUGCAGCGAGUGCAACAAGGCCUUCAGUCAGAAGCGAGGUCUGGAUGAACACAUGCGCACACACACCGGAGAGAAGCCCUUUCAAUGUGACGUUUAGAGAGCAGACCACUGGAGCCAGGACUGACUGAUAUAGUCCUAAAUCCACCUCCGUGUGUGUGAUGGAGUGUUACAGUGGCGUCGGAGCCACAGAGGAAGGAUGUCCUGCCAAGCGGACACUAGACUGUAACCACCCUGUGCAAACUGACCCCACUUUGACCUCCACACACACACACACACAGACACUUCUGUAAUUACUGGGGCUAAAUAAUGCUAGGUCUGCACCUUCCCUUAACCUUAACAUUAACCUCAAUAACCAUAAGGAAGUUUUUUAAAUAAGGGCAACAGUUUUUUUUUUUUUUAUGACCAGCAAAAUGUCUCCAUGAGGUCACAUAUUUCUAUCAUAUUUCUAGCAAAAUCUCUCUCUCUCUCUCUCACUCACACACACACACACACACACACAUACACAUACACAGAGCACUCAGACCUGACAGGCAGAGUGGCCCUGCUCCAAACCGCACUGGUAGAAUAACACAAGGCCUCGUGGUCUCCGCUUUGCGAGCCGAAGGGACAGCAGCCCGUCUCACUGUCUCACUCCUCCUGCCAUAGAAAACAGCUAAGGUUGAUCUUUACCGAAUGACACUAUUGUAAGAAAUGAGGAUAUUAAAGAAAACAUCCACACUGAAGUUUCUUUCUCACAAUGCCCCUCAGCUACCCCCUGAUAGUGUUGCAACAGGACUUUGUCUUUGCCUAAUGAGAUUGAUGCAAUGGUGCUUUAGUCCUUUCCUCUAUCCAGCUCUCUCAGCUCAACUCUCAUCAUGAGAAUGCCAUCAUCACCAUCACACUCGUUAUCUCGCAGACCAAGCAGCCUAGCCGGUUCUGUGCUGUAACUCAGCUUCGUACAGCCGCAUUUCAUUCUCUCCAACAUCAACACUACGUAAGAAGAAAGUACAGCACUGACCCACAAAUCAACACCCGAGUCCCUAAACGCUUCACAAAACCCAAACGCACAGGCUUAGCAUUAUAUCUACACCAACACACAGGUGAAUGGAAAUACCCCACAACGAUAGUAUUACAAACACAUUUGUGUGUGUGUGUGUUUACAGCACUUGGCACUAAGCCACUGUUGGUUAAACCCGGUAGAUAACAAUCUUUCAUAAACACACACACACAAUUUCAAACACUUCCUAAAUAAUACCUCCACUCAGUGGGGGCUUGAGGAAGACCCUCAUACACAAACAAACACACACAGAGGGAAGGGACACACAGCCGUCUCACUGAUCCCAUCAGACCAAAUGAAAAACACUCACACUGCUUUUAUUUUAUUUCACUGGCCAGCCACAAGCGCGCCUUUUUAAGUUUAGCUGUUAUUUUUUCUCUUUUCUCCAUCCACAAGCGAGUGAAAUUGGCUGUUUCCUCCAGACGGCUUCUCUUCUCAGCUCUGAUGUGACGAGUCUUUAAAGCCCCGAAGCGCUUUUUUAUUUAUUUUUUUUCUCUCUCUCUUUCCGAGCACACUAACACGAGCGGCCUCCAUCCACAGCAAUUUAGCCACAUAAUUCUUUCAUGUGCUCGUGUGAAGCAGAAACCGCCCUUAAUCCGGAUUCAUUUUCAUUCUUUUCCCUGCUUACUGGCUCCUUUUAAAAUGGUUUCACAUCAUUUGAAGACAUUUAUGGUGGUCAGGAUGGACUUCAUGCCUGGUUUAGAAAAAUGCCAACGGCAUUAAUUAUACGUCAUUCCUAAUAUGAACGGGGAGGAAAAGCUGCAGGAGUGACGAGCUUAACUCUGUCCACAAUGUCAUUUAACAACACUAACCAGAAAGUGUUUGGACGAGCAGCGGUUUUAGUGGAAUUAGCGAGAAUAAUGUUAUAAUGUGGUUAGUCACAUUUGUCACAUUUUUAUGAAAUCGAUGCCAUGUGGAGCAGCAGUUCUGUACUUGUGUGUGUGUGUGUGUGUGUGUGUGUGAACCUAGACAACGCCUUGAGGUUUUAAAAAAACGCAACUUUCACUUUUUUGAAUGACUUUGGCAACAAAUUAAAUCUAUUCUGAUCUUCAAAUUCUCCCAAAGCAUUCCACACAUACACACACACACAGCAAAACAUAACCACGUCUGUCAGGGACAUUGACACAAUGUACUAUACAGCCGUUCAAGGAAACUGUGGCAAGGUUCUUUUCAAAAGUAGCUCGCCAGCUACGUUUUGCUCAGCUUGUAUCAGGUCUGAAUUAAACCUCUAGAUUAGCACAAUAUAGCUAAACUAUACAUUCAACAUCCAUCCAUCCAUUUUCUAUACCCACUUUAUCCCUAAUUAGGAUCACGGAGAUCUGCUGGAGCCUAUUCCAGCACACUUUGGGCGAAAGACAGUGGAACACCCUGGACAGGUCACCAGUCCAUCACAGGGCCACACAUAUAGUUAAACAACCACACACACUCACUCACUCCUAUGGGCAAUUUAGAAUUACCAAUCAACCUAAUGUACAUGUUUUUGGACUGUGGGAGGAAACCGAAGUACCCGGAUUAAACCCACACAGGCAUGGGGAGAACAUGCAAACUCCACACAGAAAGGCCCCUGCCCAUUCGAACCCAGGACCUUCUUGCUGUGAGGCAACAAUGCUAACCACUAAGCUACUGUGCUGCCCUGCAUUUAACAUAAUAAUGAAAAUUAACAAUUUUCUCAGAAAUCCUGUAAACAGUAAUACAUUAGCUAGUUAGCUGGCAAAGUUAGUGAUGUUUUCUAAUUAUAUUCAUCAUUUUAAAAUGAAGUAAUCUUAAAAUCCUUUCAGGAAUCCAGUUAGUUGCCUAACAUUACCAGUAAAGAUUAGGGGAAAAAAAAUAUGAAUAAGAACUUCAGAUUUCUCACAGAAAUCCUGUCAGGAUUGUCCAUGUUAGCGAGCUAGCUUGUAUUAGCAGGGAACAUUGUUAAAAUGUGAAAAUAGGAAGUUUAAAAUCCUAUAAUCAGAAAUCCUGUCAGGUUAGCUCACUAUAGCUAGCUGACUGGUAUUAUCAAUAACAUCUAUUAGUAUUACCUUUAAAACUUCUGUCCGAAAUCCUGUCAGGUUAGCUCAGGCUAGCUAGCUGAUCUGUAGUAAAAAUGAUACAAAAAUAGAAACACUAACUUAUUUCUUUUUAAAAUAAAUAUAAUAAUAAUAAUAAUAAUUUCAGAAAUCCUGUCAAUUUAGCUCCAGGUAGCUCGCUGAUCUGUAGUAAAAUGAUACAAAAAUAGAAACACUAACUUAUUUCUUUUUAAAAUAAAUAUAAUAAUAAUAAUAAUAAUUUCAGAAAUCCUG